UCUAAAACGUAUUGGUGUGCUUUAACGGUCCUUUUACGGUCACACUGCAACCCAGACGAAAAAAGACGCGAAAAGAUGCAGAGAAUAUAAACAACGGUGUACUAUGCGACCGUACAAAUAUUUGAGAUUACAUACUGAAAAAUGGAAGCAAUAUCGAAGAUUUCCCUGAUAUUGUGUGCCCUGUUUGUCGUGGUCAACGCCGCUGUGGCCGUCAGUGGUGAAAGUCAGCACUGUCAGGCCACUUACAGCAGUGCCGAGGCGUACCUGGCCCAAAGCCCGCAGCAACAUCGUCCACAGAUCAGGCCCCGGACAAGGACCUGGCAGGAGCACGAGUUCUCACUGCUGGGCUACAAGUUCCACCUGCCGUUCGUCGGCCAUGCCGUCGACUCGGAUCUAGAUGAUAGUGACAGUGAUGAGGGUCUGUGGCUGGAUGCGGCGGACGCCGGAUCAGAGAGCAUAGAGGUGGAGGAGCAUGAACUUCCUUCGGUCGGUCACGUCGAUACCUCGGGCAAUGUUUUUAAGCUUAGUUGCGAGCAUGUGGACCUGAGGCGAGUUAACCAGGAGUUGCUCUCCCAGCGAAGCUCGCACAUUAACUACAACCAGCUAAUGCUGUCCCAUGUGCCUGCGGACCUCAAUAAUCCCCUGAAGCUGCCGCAGCUCGAAAGUGUGAGGGAAUUCACCUGGCAGAGUAGUGACCUUAAAGACGAUUCGCUCAGGGAACUCUUCACCCGCCAGCCGCACUCCUUUGAGUAUAUGGAACGGCUGAAUCUCAUUGAGAAUCGUCUGGAGUGCCUUCAUUGGGCCAUUCCGCUGGCCGUGCGUCGCUUGAAAGUACUUAAAAUGAGCGGUAAUCGACUGAGCAAUUGCAGUCUGAUAAACCUGCAGCAUAUGAAGCAACUGCAGGAGCUGCACUUGGACAGAAGUGAACUGACUUUCUUACCGCAGCGCUUCCUGGGCGAGCUUAGCGAAUUGCGCAUGCUGAACCUCAGCCAGAAUUUGUUGACGGAGCUUCCACGGGAUAUAUUUGUGGGAGCCCUGAAGCUGGAGCGGCUAUAUAUAUCCGGAAACCAGCUGAGCGUGCUGCCAUUUAUGCUCUUCCAAACGGCAGCCGAUCUCCAAGUGCUGGACCUGAGUGACAACCGCCUUCUUUCCUUCCCGGACAACUUCUUUGCCCGCAACGGCCAGCUUCGUCAGCUGCACUUGCAGCGAAAUCAGCUAAAGUCCAUCGGCAAGCACAGUCUGUACAGUCUGCGCGAGCUGCGGCAUUUGGAUCUUAGCCAAAAUUCUCUGUCCGUCAUCGAUCGAAAGGCGUUCGAGUCUCUGGAUCACCUGCUCGCCUUGAACGUAUCCGGCAACAACCUGACCCUGCUGUCAUCCAUCAUCUUCCAGUCGCUGCAUGCCCUCAGGCAGUUGGAUCUCAGUCGGAACCAGUUCAAGCAGCUGCCCAGUGGCCUGUUUCAGAGACAGCGCUCCCUGGUGCUGCUACGCAUUGAUGAGACGCCCAUAGAGCAGUUCACCAACUGGAUAUCGCGUUAUGAUGAGUCUCUUGUGGAUCCGCAAGUGCUCCAUCGCUUGCGUUACCUUUCCCUGCAGCAGAAUCGGAAACUAACUCAUUUACCCGCCACCUUGUUCGCCAAUACUCCAAAUAUAAGGGAGCUGCUGCUGGCCGAGAACGGAUUGCUGCAGCUGCCCACACAGAUCUCAGGGCUGUCGCGAUUGCAGCGACUCAGUGUACGUGGAAAUAGCUUGGGAUCGCUGCCCGAAAAUAUCAAAGAGCUCAGACAGCUGCACUACCUAAAUAUAUUGGGCAACGAGUAUCAGUGCGACUGCAGCAUGUAUUGGCUAACUGCGUGGCUGGCUAAUACCAGCACAAGCCUGCGCCACCAACUGCCCCAUGCACAGAAUAACAGCAAUGGCAGUUCCAGCCAGACGCCACUGGACUCAUACGAGAGUAUCGACCACCAAAUAGAUGCGCUCAAGUGUCAGUAUGGUUAUCCCGGCGAUAUGCUCCGCGUGCUAAGCAAUCUCAACUGCUCGGUGCCCUCGGUGGUGCAGUUCUCCGAGCCAAAGAUGCACCUGCUUCUCUCCACCGCCAAGCUUGAGUGCCAGAUAUCAGGGAGUCCAGUGCCGGACAUCAUCUGGGUUACUCCCCGCAAUAAGAUCUUACGCCACCAUGCUGACCCUGACAAGCGACCGAUCAUCAUCGACAGCAAGGAGGAUGCACACCAGCCACCGAGCGCCCAGGAGCUAGCUGCUCUGAUGGACGAAAGUUACAUCCAGUCGUUGAACUGGACACGUCAGAAUAGCCUAGUGGAUAGACGUGUGGUGCUGGUGGAGAACGGAUCGCUGUUGGUGCACAAUAUUUCGAGAAUUGACAGUGGGCUUUACACUUGUUAUGCCUUCAAUGUGAUGGGCAAAGCCUCGGCAGGAUUACGACUGUACAUCGAUCCCAUUGUGUUCUACCGAGUUAAAAUCGGUAGCAUACUGUUUGGCACGGCACUGGCUACCGCAUUUUUACUGCUAACCCUGAUGGUGCAGGGAUUGAGGAGCUGCCUGUCUCGCUGGGAGAUCUGUAACCGCUUCUAUUGCUGUAUCAAUCGGAAGAAGAAGUCACCGCGCAAACGCCAAAUAUACGCUAUGCUCGAUAGCAUCGAGACCUAUAAGAGCCAGCAAUUGGAGAGGCUGAGAGAGAACUACACCCAGCAGGUGCACCGCAUCCGGGAGAACUGCGCCCAGCAGGUGGAGUGGAUCCAGAGCAGCUACACCAGUCAAGCCAAGCAUAUUCGCGAGUUCCGCGAUAUAGGCUCGAAUCACCUUACCACGCUGAAGGACCAAUACUACGAUCAGGUGAAGAAGGUGCGCGACUACUCCACAGGCCAGUUGAGCUGGGUGCGGGAAAACUACGUCUUCCAGAGGAACAAAAUCCGGAAGUUUAGUGCGCAUCAGGUAUUGCGCCUUCGCGAGGGAUACAAGUACCAACAGCAGACGCUGAACAAGGUGCUGGAGAACCUUCCUAGUUUCUACUUCGAGAACUGUCGUGGACGAUGUGAGGAGGACAUUGCCGAGGACAUAGACUGCUACUUCAAAGGCCAAAUGGACUUUGGUGGCUCCAAGGAGCUGCACAUACAAAAAAUCAAAGCGCGCCUAGCUGACAAUUACUCAGCCAGCAAGGCGUCGCUUUACUAUACCCCACCAGACGAUGAUUUGCUGCACAGUUCGCCACUUAAUCUGCAGACGUCGCCCAUCCACAUCAACUACAUUGAUGAGAAUCUAGACCAGCAAAAGCAGUUGGAGCACGAUUUUAAAAUGGAACCUCAGCUAUUGCUUUACAAUGCUCCCAUGCUCUAUAUGAAUCCCGAAGGCGCCAGCAGCAGUGGUCAGGCGGCGGCUUUGGCGGCAGCAGGAGCUCUAUCGCAGUUCAUAAGCGUGGAGGACAAUAAUCAAGAGCAGGAGAUGCAGCCGCUAAGGAAGAUCAGUGCUAAGCCACUUGGUGUGCCCGAACUGAAGGACUUGAACGAUGUAAAGAGCUCAAAGUCUUGCCCGGCCAUUUAUAAGGUUUCCAAACAGCGCGAUGGUAGCACUCUCCAUGAGCUGCAGAAGGAGGGCGAAGCACCCUACCAAAUGCUUCGCCUAAAUCCCGUGGAGACCACUUCGCUGGCCUCCUCCGUUGCACCUGCGAUGCAGGCGAGGACGGAAAAGCUGAACAUUAUCCUGGACGAAUGUGGCGCGGCGUCGUUGUGCAAACCGGAGCCGGAGGCCGGUGAAGGAAAUAGUGAGACUCCACCAUCCGAGUCCAGUUGUGAGUCCAACAGCAUGGCCGCUAGUUGCGGCGAUGUAUGCCAGGUCAGCAGCAAGCUGGCAAACGCCGCCUCAUUAUCAUCAACUGCAACCAAGCCUAAACAUGCCAGCACUUAGAGAUUUUUUAAAAUUUAAAAUUAGUAAUUGUACUGAAAAGUAGCGAAGAUAUAAACUGUAUAGAAGUACAUGAAUCAAACACACAUCUGCGAAUGAAAUUAAUGUUAAUGGUUACGCUAUAAUGGUAAGGCAGACAACAAUAAUUAAAUGUAGAGUUAAUUAGCAAAACACAUGAAUUCAAGUGCUGAACAUUAGGAAAUAUCAGAACAAGUCGUAUGACACAAGUUCUACCGACAGAUGAUCAAAAACCAAGCUUAAAGAAUUUAAAAAUGAGAUCAAUUCACACCUGGAAUCUAUAGCUAAGGUAUCACGUCAAUAAUACUUGAAAAGAGCCCCCAUUUGUGAUUUCAUUACUUAACGAAUGUAAAGCAUCAAAACUGUCAAGUGCAAGGCGUAUUUUAAAGUGAAACUGACAAAUUUUAAUUGAACUGUAUGAAAAUAAAAACGUAUAUAACAAAUAAA